AUGUCCUCUCACAACACAGAAGCCGCGCCGCGGCGACAAUCCAGCGCUGCAAGCUACAAUGCGCCAGGCGCGUAUCAAAGCCUAGACGAUGGCGCUGCUGGACUCCCCAUUGGCGUUGAAAAGGGCCAUUCAGCGACUGCAAUUGCACCCAAGACGUCGCGGACAGGAGAUGGCGACAAUCGGCAGGCGUCUGCCGCGGAGGCAAAAGACUACGACAUUCCAGACGACUGGGCGAAUCUCGACGAAGUAGCGGCCACAAGCCCUGUGGAAAACGUCGAUGAAGCCCCUGUGUACCGCCACCACAGCUUGGAACGUAUACGAAGCCGUGACAUUGAAGAGCGCCAAGUGCGACGGGCCAGUGGCGCCCAACGGGAACGUGAUGGCUCGGCGCAACUGGCUGAUGUGGAAGUGGUCGAUGACAAGAGCGAGCAGCACGUGUCGAGGCUGGCCACGCAGAUCUAUACGAUAUCAUACCUCGUUCUGUUUGCCAUUUGGGGCACUCUUGCGCGUGUGGGACUCAGCGCAUUGACUACGUAUCCUGGAGAACCGGUUCUGUUCGUGGUACUAUGGGCCAAUUUCGGCGGCAGUCUCAUCAUGGGCUUUCUGUCCGAAGAUCGGAUGCUGUUCCGCGACGAAUGGGGGACGCCCACUUACGAUAAACUGCUUGCGCGCGCAAAAGAGACUGGGAAUGGAGAGGGGAGUUCAGACCAGGAAGAGCAGGCCAUUGACUUGCUGGCCGCUAAGAAGGCGCAUUUGGCAACGAAAAAGACUAUACCGCUGUAUAUUGGCCUGGCUACUGGAUUCUGCGGAAGCUUCACCAGUUUUUCGAGCUUCAUCAAGGACAUCUUCCUCGCUUUGUCGAAUCAGAUGGUGACACCUGAGCUGGGAAUUCCGGGCAGGAAUGGAGGAUACUCGUUCAUGGCCCUCUUGGCGGUGGUGAUUGUGACGGUGUCACUCUCGCUCUCGGGAUUGAUACUGGGAGCUCAUCUGGCCAUCGCUCUAGAGAGAUUCACGCCAUCCAUUCCUUAUCCUGUGACUCGCAAGAUUCUCGACCCCCUCGCUGUUCUGCUGGGCUGGGGGUGCUGGCUCGGCGCGAUCCUCAUGGCAAUCUUCCCACCGCACAACAAGUGGCGCGGCGAAAUCUUGUUUGCGCUGGUCUUUGCGCCCUUGGGAUGCCUCGGCCGAUUUUACCUUUCCAUCUACCUCAAUGGAAAGAUUGCGUCGUUUCCCCUGGGAACUUUCACGGCAAACAUCUUUGGAACUGCGAUUUUGGGCAUGUCGUGGGAUAUUGCGCACGCGCGCAUUGGAGGGCUUGCUGGAUGCCAGGUGCUUCAGGGCAUUGAGGAUGGAUUCUGUGGAUGCCUGACCACCAUUUCGACGUGGGUUGCGGAGCUGAAUAGUCUUGGGCGACGGCACUCGUAUAUAUACGGGUUUAGCAGCGUGGGAACUGCUUUGGCGGUGAUGAUUGCCAUUAUGGGAGGGCUACGAUGGAGUGAUGGCUUCAGUGCUUUGAUAUGCGUCUCGUGA